CAGGUCCGAUGGCGAGGUGUGGUUGCGGCCCUAUGCUCCACUGGGGGCGUAUAGGAAAGAAGAAGAAGAAUAUAAAAAAUUUGCUGUGUGCCACUUUUGGGACAUGUAAAUGAUACAUUUUUUACGUUUCACGAAUCUGCAGUCGUUGACUUCUUGAUGCGCGCCAAUCUGUCACAGUUUCACUUCAAGUAGAACAGUCUCUGACUGAAGGAUCAGUGUGAUGACAGAUGCAAGGCACAUAUGUCGAAAAAAUUCAUAUCACACUGAUGAUGUUGCUGUGGUAGUAUUGACCCACAAGGUUCUAAAUCAGUGGUUCUUAACCUUGUUUGAGGUACCAAACCCAUCAGUUUUUUAUGCACAUUCACCAAACCCUUCUUUAGUGAUAAAUCAAAUAACAUUUUUUUCCAAAUUCAAGACAUAGGUAUAUGGUUUUUUUUACUGGUAUGCAAAAUAAACCGUGAUCUUCACUCUUCCAUCUGUUGUUGUUUUUCGCUCUUCCUUCGUGUCACCGUGUCUUCACAUCCUUUGUUCGCAUUGCUGUCCGUCAUCGUGUCGAGCGUCCACCCUGCACCAUCAUCAUCAUCUCGUCGGCGAGUGAACUCGCGACCCUGCUGCACCAGUGUGCGGAAAGGCCUUGGACUGAACACCUAGAGCAGGAACCUUCGAGCAGGAGCUCACGUGACCAGUGGCCGGCCCACAUCAUCGCAUCUGGACGAGAAGACAGAGGGGUGGGAGUACGUCUUUAGAGCGGCAAGCAAGGCCAGAGGGCGGGCUGCUGUCUGUGGACAUCUUCAACGGACUUCUAAACUGUCACCCUGCAGUGCAUGAAAACAUGUAUGAAACAGGCAAGUUAGCACAAGUUACAGCUGAGAUGAGGCGUUACAACUUACACAUCCUUGGAGUAAGUGAAAGCAGAUGGACAGGUUCUGGAAGAGUAAAGACCCAGACCGGAGAGACAGUGCAGUAUUCUGGCAGAGAGGACAACCAACACCAUGAGGGAGUAGCCAUAAUCCUGAGGAAAGGAACAGAUAAGUGCCUAAUAGAGUGGAAGCCGAUCAACAGCAGACUGAUUUCAGCCAGAGUGAGAGGGAGACAUGGCAACAUGACCUUGAUCCAGUGCUACGCACCAACCAACGAUGGCGAUGAUGAGGCGAAGGACACCUUUUACGAUCAAUUGCAAGCAGAAGUAAGUGCAGCACCCAAUCAUGACCUGUUGAUUGUGAUGGGCGACAUGAAUGCCAAAGUUGGGAACGACAACACCCAUGUAGAGAGAACUAUGGGCAGACAUGGUUGUGGCUGCAUGAACGAGAACGGAGAGAGACUAGUGGAGCUAUGCACUAUGUACAACCUGGUGAUUGGAGGAACACUAUUCCCUCACCGUACCGUCCACAAGCUAACAUGGUGCUCACCCAAUGGUAGGGACAGUAACCAGAUCGACCACCUAAUGAUCAACGGCUCCUAGAGACGUUCCCUGCUUGACGUCAGGGUGAGAAGAGGAGGAGAUGUUGGAAGUGACCAUCACCUUGUUGUAGCAAACAUAAAAAUGAAACUGCGAAGUACAGGACGCAAGUCAGCAGCACACAGACGCUUUGAUGUGGAAAGAUUGCAGGACCCCAAGCUGAAAAAUGCCUUCACUCUUCAAGUGAAAAACAGGUUUCAGGCACUUGCAGACAUGACAGACCAUUGCGAGGCAGACACAGAAAGCAUAAACCAGAGAUGGGACCUUGUGAGAACAGUGUACCAGAAAAGCAGCGAGACGAGUCUUGGACUGAGAGGAACUAAGAAGAAGGAAUAGAUAACACCAGAGACGUGGAAGGCGAUAGAGGAAAGAAGAGACCUUAAAAAGAAGGUGGCUAGCACCAGAUCUGAAAGACUGCAAGAGACAUUCAAACUACAGUACAGAGAGAUGAACCGGAAAGUGAAGCGCUCGGCGAGAUCAGACAAGCGUGCCUACUUGAACAACCUAGCAAGUGAGGCCGAAGAAGCAGCAAGAAAAGGAGAACAAGGAAAGCUGUACAAGAUCACCAAGACAAUUAGCGGCAAAUUCCACAGCACCAACAAUGCCCCAGUCAAGGACAAGGGAGGGAAGCUGCUAACGACAGAGAGAGAACAAGAAGCACGCUGGGCUGAACACUUCAGAGAGAUCCUGAACAGACCACCACCACCUUCCGAAGAAGCCGACAUACAAGAAGCCAUUGAGGACCUCGACGUUAACAUCGCCCCACCAGAGAAGCAGGAAAUCAUCACAGCGAUUAAGUCCUUGAAGAACAGAAAGGCACCAGGUAAGGACAAUCUGAAUGCUGAAUUAUUCAAGGCAGACCCAGAUUUGGCAGCCAAUAUCCUGCAACCCCUAUUUACCGCAGUAUGGGAAGGGAAGCAAGUCCCAGAUGACUGGACCAGAGGAGUGAUAGUCAAAAUCCCAAAGAAAGGAUCCCUUAGCGACUGCAACAACUGGCGAGGAAUAACUCUCCUGUCCAUCCCAAGCAAGAUCA